GCAAACCCGACGCCUGGCGAGAACGGAUUCAUUGCAUUGCCGUUCAUUUUAAUGGGGAGCUAUGUUUUGAGAUACGAGUGUUCUGAGAUAAGAGCAUGGCCACGGAACAAAUUCAACCCGUAUCUCAAGGCACCGGUGUACAAGUCAAAGCCAAUUGUACUACGUGUUGGAGCAGUCUGACGGCCGCCAAGCUUCUCAAACUGGAGCUGAACUGCAGUCAAUUUUACAACACUGCUCCAAGGCAAAAGCGAAGAUUUCAAAUGCUAAGUGUUUGUGUACUUGCGAUCAUCUUAAUCAGUGACAUGAGCGGGACCAAAAAAAAAUAGAAUCGCCUCCAAGCAUGAUGCGGUAUGCUGUACACGAGUGUCUAUUGUUAUUACGAUUGUUACAUCAAAUAAAAGGAACUGAGCCAACUGCACUGUGGAUGUUUGUGCUUGUAGGAAGCAGGCGAAAGGUACAUUUGAUCCAUAUCUGUUGCGGUCCACUCUUUAUGCAGGAAUGCACUUCCUUGAUGGCAACACACGCAAAAAAUCAUGUUGUCGUGAGGAAGGCCGUUCUGCACCUUGUUGCAGAACCUGCGGAUCCUGUUCACUCGCUCGGGUUGUUUCGGACAGACGGCAAGCAUCUGAAAGCUGCACCUGCAAGAGUCAUGUCCAACAACGGUGAUGUUGACAUCAGGCAGACCAUGGUGGUCCUAUCCACGGACGAUCAAUGGUCAUCCCUUGUGUCCCUGCUGAAGGAGAGUGCGGUGGUGGACAAGGAGUUAACCACUCGGGGAUCCCAGCAAGUCUACUUUGACUUGGUUCUGGAGAAACGCUUGGUCAGCCUGAACCGUGCAGACAUCCUGGGAGACGCCACGGAGGAGGAAGUCAGCCGGGCCGUGAACGGAUGCUUCGAAGCUUGCAAAGACGCGAUAAGCGCCUUCCUGCUGUUGAUCCAGGGUGGAAAUUACACGAGCAGGCAAAUGCGCCUGGUGGAGCUUCUGCAGGUUCACUUUGGAGCCGAAGCCUUCAAGUACUUGCUGGUGGUCUCUCUGGAAGACGGUAAGACGGCGGACACGCUGGACGACGCACUGCUGGAGCUGAUCGACGCGUGCGACGGACGCUACUGCCGCCUGACCACGUCGGCGGCCAGGGAUAAAAUGAACGCCCUGGUCAGCAUGGUGGACUACACGCUGGCCGAGAGCGGCGGCUACGGCCGGGCCGCGCUGGACGAGGCCAAGCGCAGGAGCACAGAGGACACGGCCAUGAGUAUUCUGAGCCAGAAGGUGCGCGAGGCCGAGGAGAGACUGCAGGCCUUCGGGCGGAUGGCGGCGCAGAGCGAGGAGAGGCGAGCCAAGGAGGCCGAGGAGAUGAGGGCCAAGCACGUCGAGGAGAGGCGAAAGGAGGCGGUUGAGAGGAAGCGCUACGAAAUCAAGAAGGAGAGCCUGGAGGAGGCCGUCAUCAGCCACCGGGCCACGUUGCACCUCCACAUCAAACCCCAUGUCCACGACGACGACGCCAACAAUCUGUCCGUGGUGCUGCUGGGCCUGUCGGGCAGCGGCAAGACGUCGGCCCUCAGCCUCAUCUCAGCGCGAGCGGGUAACCGGUACCGUGACUCCGAGUCUCACGCCGAGAAUCCCCGGCCCACCUUGUCUUGCACCCGGCGGGAGGUCUGCGCGGCUGGCAGGAGGCUGGUCCUGGUGGACACCCCCGAGCUGUGGGACGAGGACGGCGUGGAGAAUCCGGAGAAGGUGAAGGACUGCCUGGCUCUGGCACUACCGGGGCCUCACGUCUACCUGCUGGUCCUCCAGGUGGGCCGCUUCACCUGGGGCGAGAGCCAGAUGCUGGCCCACCUGCAGAAGGCGUUCGGCAAGGACGCGGCCGAGCGCACCGUGCUGCUGUUCGUCCGCAUGGACUCGGGCCCCGAGCGCCCACAGAGGGUCCACGACUACAUGGCGGGGGCCCACGCCGCUCUCCGCCAGCUGGUCCGACGCUGCGGGAGCCGCUACUACGAGCUCAGCCUGGCCGCGCCCCCCCGCGACGGCCUGACUUACCCCCAGGUGAGAGAGCUUCUGGCGGGCAUCUACAAGCUGGCGGCGUCCCACGGGGGACGAGGACACUCUGUCAAGAGAUUUUCUGUGCGGGAGCUCCAAGACAGGAAGAAGGCCAUGGAGGACUCCAAGGAUGCAGCCUUGGAGGACAAUUUCCUGCUCAUAGAGAAUUAAGAUUUGCAUCAAGGUGGUAAAAACUGUCGUCCGACAAGAAACAGGGCACUUUCUUGUUGCACACCUUCCAAAUCCCCACUUCUUACACCGAGAUGGUCUCAGGAAAGAAUCCAUUUGAAAUUCCUGCACCUUCAGGAUCCCCACUUCUCGCACCAAUAUGGUGCGUGCUAACCUUCCGCUUCCCCAGUUCUCAAACCACGAUGGUCCCCAUGCACCUGUGGCAUCAAUACUUCCUGCAACAUAAUUGUUCACGCACACCUUCCACAUCCCCGCUUCUUGAACCAAGAUGGUACAUGCACUUUUUGUAUUAAGAUGGUCCACACAUACCUUAGAUUCCCACAUCUUGCACCAACAUGGUACACAUUUCUUGUACAGUUUCCCUACUUCUAACACUGUGAAAUUCUGUGCAUAUCGCCCACAUCCCCAAUUCUUGCCCCAAGAUGUACUCCUUCUGGUCAUCCAACAAAACCUUCUCGACAUCUUGACGAACACCUUCCCCGCUUCUUGCCCCAAGUUGGUCGCUCGGCACUGACCCCUUGUUGGGGCCUCUCGGAGACAUUUGAGACACUUCCCCUAACUUAGUAGGAAUUUCAAAUGGACUAUUUACUCGGACCAUCUUGGUGCAAGAAGUGGGGAUCUGGAAGAUGUGCAACAAAGAUGGUGCCCAAGCUUUUUGUGAGCUGCCUAUUUCCCCAAACGUGUCUGUGAGCGAACCCUUCUGAAUUGCAACAGUACCAACCACUACAGAAUAGUUUAAAGAAGAAAAGCUUGUGUAUGGUCCACAUCCACGCAUUCCCACACUAAUUAACAAAAGUAAUUGGACAGCUUGAUGACCAAGGUAUUCUGUUAAAAGAAACUAGAAAGAUAUGCGAUUAGAGGGGUAGGCUUGCAUUGGUUAAAAAGCUAUAUGGAGAAGAGACAACAGUUUGUGCAGAUAGAGUAAUAGAGAUCUUCACUUUCAGAUAUCACCUGUGGUGUGCCACAAGGGUCAAUUUUAGGACCAAAAUGAUUUUUAUUGUACAUAAGUGACACGUAAUGUUUCCAAUAUAUUGAAAUAUUUUAUUUUUCUCAGACAAUACAAAUGUAUUCUGUGAAGGAGAGCUGCUGCUGGAAAUUGUAUCAUCUGAAUUGGGCAAACCAACCUCUUUUAUUUGUCAUGAUUAUUAUGUCAUGGAAGCCGUUGCAUUGGAUUUCCCCUGCGAGCGAACAAACAAAGCAGCAAGCGAGCAGCCA